CUGUGCAGCCGGCCGCGCUGUCCGGGAGGCUGCCGCCGCGGGGGCUGCCGGCGCCCGGCAGCCCUUAGCGCAGGGCUGCGGGCUUUCUGCAAGUCAUCUGAGGCAGCCGAAAGGGCUCCCCUGCCCCGCUCACACUGAGCACAACGGGGCGGGGGGCUGCUGCAGGGGUUUUUUCCCUCCCUUCCCGCAUCGUGCUCUGUGUGUUGGUUUCUCUCGUCACCUGCCACGGUUAAGUUUCCUGUGACUCAGUUUAACUCUUGAGAUCUCCACGGAUGUCGCUGAGAGCACUUUUCUUGCCUUCGCCGUCCCUUGCUGGGAUGGGAUUUGUUGCUGCCUGGCCUGUGUGCCUGUGUGUUGUGUUCUGAGUGCCGGGGGGUUUUGCUUUCCUUUGCCAGAGCUUUGCGUUCCUGCUGACCAAGACCUGUGAAUGACCACAGGCUUGGCUUGACCUUGAUUUGGAUGGCUUUGUGGGAAGAUCCAACGCUGUGAUUGCAUUUCAUGAAGAGAAUCUCUCCAGCCUCCAUGGCAUAGGGAAUAAGCCACACUUCUGCCACACUGUCACUCAUGGACAAUUCAGAUUUGGGUUAAAUAAACCUUUUGGCCAUUUUUCUCUUUUCUCACUUCUCCUUUCCCUCCAUUUGUCUUAAUGUUGGAAGCCUUAUUCUGCACUUGGAUGUGAUUGAUAGUCCUGCCGCUUCCUGCUGCUGCUUCCUUCUUUAAAGUACAAUGGCUCUGAGUGGCAACUGCAGGACUUACCUUCCUGCUCGGGAGCAGGGGACUGGGCUCCACUCCUUCCCAGAGGUAGUGGAGCUAAACGUGGGUGGCCAGGUCUACUUCACCCGCCACUCCACCUUGGUUGGCACCCCUCACUCCCUGCUCUGGAAAAUGUUCACCCCAAAGAGAGACACAGCCAACGAUCUGGCCAAGGACUCCAAGGGAAGAUUUUUCAUCGACAGAGAUGGUUUCCUCUUCCGCUAUAUUCUGGACUAUCUCAGGGACAAGCAAGUGGUUCUGCCUGACCACUUCCCAGAGAAGGGGAGGCUCAAGAGGGAGGCUGAGUACUUCCAGCUCCCGGACUUGGUCAAGCUUCUGACUCCUGACGACAACAAGCAAAGCCCAGAUGAUUAUUGCCACAGUGACUAUGAAGAGGUCUCCCAGGGCAGUGACACCAGAAUCUGCCCACCCUCAGCACUCUUACCGCCUGAUCGCAAGUGGGGAUUCAUUACCAUCGGCUAUCGGGGGUCGUGCACUAUUGGCCGGGAGAGCCAAGCAGAUGCCAAAUUCAGGAGGGUCCCAAGGAUUUUGGUUUGUGGAAGGAUUGCUCUGGUCAAAGAGGUCUUUGGAGAAAGUUUGAAUGAAAGCAGAGAUCCUGACAGGGCUCCAGAGAGGUACACCUCCAGGUUUUAUCUCAAGUUCAAGCACCUGGAGAGGGCUUUUGACAUGUUGUCUGAGUGUGGAUUCCACAUGGUGGCCUGUAACUCCUCGGUGACAGCUUCCUUUGUCAACCAGUACACCGAUGACAAGGUCUGGUCCAGCUACACCGAAUAUGUCUUCUACCGUGAACCCUCGCGAUGGUCCUCCUCCCACUGCGACUGCUGCUGCAAGAAUGGCAAAGGCGACAAGGAGGGGGAGAGCGGCACCUCCUGCAACGAGCUGUCCACCUCCAGCUGUGACAGCCAGUCUGAGGCCAGCUCCCCCCAGGAGACCGUCAUCUGUGGCCCUGUCACCCGCCAGCCCAACAUCCAGACUCUGGACCGCCCGGCCAAGAAGGGCCCAGUGCAGCUGCUGCAGCAGUCAGAGAUCCGCAGGAAGAGCGACCUGCUGCGGACUCUCACCUCCGGCUCCAGGGAGUCCAACUCCAGCAAGAAAAAGGCAGUGAAGGAGAAGCUCUCCAUUGAGGAGGAGCUGGAGAAGUGUAUCCAGGAUUUCCUCAAAAUCAAAAUCCCAGACAGGUUUCCGGAGAGGAAGCAUCCCUGGCAAUCCGAACUGCUGCGGAAGUACCACCUAUAGGCUGAGGGUGGGCAGAGCACACGACCCCCCUGCCCUUAGAGAGAGAUCCUAAGGGAAAUGCCAAUAAUUCCCCCAAAUAAUUGUUUGUUAGGUCACAAAGCCAGGCCAGGCCCGUGUCUGUCGUGCUGCCUACUUCACCUCAACAUUUCUAGCUGUAGUUAGGGACCUUUCCUCCCCGUGGUGGAAGCACAACGACAAAUGCUUCUCGCUGUCGACUCCAAGUCUUACACGAGCUCAAUACCUUAAGGGCACAACCAGAUCUGUUCACCUCCGGCUGCUGCUGCUGCUGCUGCUGGUGGGACCAUGAGCUGGCAGUGGCCUGGGCUUGGUGGCCUCUAUGCCUUCUGCCUUCUCAUUCACAGAUUGCAUCAGGUUGGAAGGGACCUUCCAAGGUCACCUUGUCCAACCGCCCUGGGAGGGACAAGCAGGGCUGCAAGGGCCGAGCUGUGCCGUGGCAGUGACCCUGCAGCAGGUGUAGAUCUCUGUGUGCAUAUAUAUAUAUGUGUGUAUAUAUCUGAGUGUAUAUAUAUGUGUAUAUAUAUAGCAAUAGAGACUGCUGGCAGAGCUUCUGCCUCUCUCCUAACUGCACUUUCUCAGAAAAGAGCAUUGUUUUUUUUAGCAGUCUGUGGAUGUUCUGUUUCUUCUUCAGGUCUUUGAGGGUUGAACAGCAGAAAACCCAAACCCAGCUCACUGUCUCCCCCUCCCCCAGUGCUCCCUCUCUCCUCUUCUCCCCCCUUUCCCUUUCCUCUAAAUGCAUCUCAGUGGGGCUGCACUGCCAGCAGCAGAAUCUCCUUCUGGUCUUGAUGAUCUUGUCCCCUCCGUGUCCUCCCCUUGCCUCAUGUUGUGUUUCUCAAAGCUCUCUGGUGCCAGUGGGUUAAAUGCAUGAUGAUCCCAGUUGGAAGCCUGUAGGAAUUAGAUUGGAGAUGAGGAACAAUUUGUUUCCUGCAGGAGUGGUGAGGCACUGGAACAGGCUGCCCAGGGAGGUGGUGGAGUCACCAUCCCUGGAGGUGUUCAAGAAACCUGUGGCCAUGGCACUUGGGGACAUGGUUUAGUGGCCAUGGAGGUGUUGGGUUGAUGGCUGGUCUGCAUGAUCUUAGAGAGCUUUUCCAACCCAAACAAUUCUAUGGUUCCAUGAGUCUAUAAAUUCUCCCAAGGUGGGGUGUGGUGGAAGUAGAGUGGGUUUUUUGGUGAGGAUGGUGAUGACUGAUGUCUGCAGGCUUGCCUGGCAUGUGUGGCCUCAACAGGGCAAGCAGGCCCUGGGCCCUGUCCAUCACAUAAGCAAACACAAGUAAUGUCCCACCUGAUAAGCCCCAUUUGAUGCUUUGACUGGUGGGGAAUCAGUUGCAGGAGGAGGGGGGCAGAGUUUCAGGAGGAAAUGCAGACCCCAGAAGGAGAUGCCCAUGUUCCCUCCUACAGGUGCCCAUCUCAGUGUUGGUCCUGUCUGCUGCCAGUGCCAGAACAUCACUCAGCAAAGUGUGCCAUGAUUCCAUGUUGGGAAAGGCUGAUCCUACCUGGAUCAGAGUCAGGGUCCCACAGCCCCCCAGGACAUGGGAGCUCAGGGAAGGGGAUGAGUUGGUCUUGUGGGGUGCAGCAUGAUGGCGUGUCUGGCAUGCUGCACAAGCCCAGCAGCAAGGACCACAGAGUGACCAGGAGCAAGUGCUGGCAGGUGGGCCCAGGGCAGAUGAGCCAUGGAAGGUAAUGGGAACGUGAGUUGCCCCUGGUGACCUAUUUUGGCUCGAGCUGGGGACAAAGCAGCAGGAGAAUUAGAGAUAAAUUGUUUUCUAAAAGCACAAGAAGAAAGAGAUUUAUUAUAUAUAUAU